UUAUUAUGAACAUCGUCUUGCUAUUCACAAAUAUAUGUUUUAUAACAAUCACGUUGGGAAAUACAAAUGAAUGGAAUCCAUCAAAGACAGAUAGUCAGAGAGAUUGGGUGACCAGCGAAAUCAUUUUCGACGCAAAAUUUCUUGAUGCUAUUAAUAAAUUUAAAACACUAGAAACUGUAGAUGACAAAGGACCCGUUGUAUUAGAUGACACAGAUAAAAGCGUGUUGAUGAAAAGAUGUAAAGCUGACUUGAAUUGCAUGCAGACAAAAUCGUUAUCAAUAAAAAAGUAUAAAAUAAAAAUUGAAGCGUUACAGUGUGUCAAUGUCGUGAUAAUGCAUUUCAUAUUGAACAUAGCGACAUCACAUCAUAAUGCGAAUAAAAUCAAAGAUGAGCGUUUUUACGGAUUCCCAAAGAUGGUCAUGUCACGGAUGUUAGCUGUGUUGUUUAUCAGCAAAACCCUUGUGCACAAUUGGCUAUGGAUCAUUUAUAUUCAGAUACAUUCCAUAUUUAUCUGGCCUUACAUGUUCUUCCCUGGCGAUAACUCCUUUUACCUUCGACACGAGGGUAAAUUAUUGGAUUACACUAACCUUUGUCAAGCUAACAAAUACUUGCCGAUCAACAACGACAGAUCAUCGAACCCCAAAGACUAUUACGAUAAGAUUGUAAAAAUGGAUAUAAUCCAGUAUACGGAACAACUAUACGGGACUGGUUAUGAUGAUAUUAACGAAAAAUUAGGGAAUUUCUUUAACGAUUCAGUUUUUGAGUUGGACAAUUUUGUUUUAUCCGAUUUCUUCAUCCGUGACACUGACUUGUUUGAUAAACCGUUUCUUAAUGGUAAGAUAUUCUGGAGAGCAUACAAAAAGCUGAUACGGAACGAAAAAGACACACUCAGUACCGUGUACCGUACAUUAGAGUGGAUUGAAGAGCCAUUCAAGUGUACUGGGUUUCAUGAGUGGGUGUUGCGCGUUUUGAAAAUGAAUACUUAUUUGUACGCUUGGUCGCAUAUGAAAUCAUUCGAAAGCACUUUAAGUGACACCAAAAACCAUAUUGGCGAGAUAAAUUUUAAAGUCGAGAACACAUCUAUUUGGAAGUCACCGUGCAAAGCCCUAAGAGUGAUCAUGCAGUUGUUUCACGACCAUGGCGACCAAGUAUUAUUCAGUAUUACUGAUCAAUUGUGUUUCGAUGUAAAUGUGUUUAACGAAGAGUUCCUGGAAAGGCUUCGGUACAUGACAAAUGCUGCGAAAGAAAUUAUUUCGAACGAUUUGAAGGAAAUAAGUGCCGGCGAUAACGACAUUGGCGCCAUUUUUGACGUUGACAAUAAGCCAGAAACCAAAGAAGACAUUUGUCAAAAUUUGAUAGACUUGGGUGCAAAUAAAAACCAUGUACGUAGCAUACUAUACGGUAAUGUUGACACGCUUAAAGAAACAGAGUCUGCAACCGAAGAAGAUUCAUCGAUCGUUCGCUCUAAGAUUUCUGAUCGGAAAGACAAGGAGCCAUUAAGUUUUGAAAACGAAGAAGUUACUUUGGAUGUAUGCAUUAUAACGGAAUCUACAAAUAAAGCGACUUUUAAAAACAACAAAAUCGUUGAACGGGCGAAAAUGAAGACGUUACAGUGUGUCAAUGCUGUAAUCGUUUAUUAUUUAUUAAACAAAAUUAAAGAAGAGACGAGGUUUAACAAGUACGAGGAUCCGCAGAUAAUCAUGCCUCAAAUGCUAUCAGCAUUGUACAGAGCUAGAACGUUUGUUGGUUGUGGACCAUUUACAUCCGGAUAUCAGCUGCUGACACUUGGCCCUACAUCUUCCUCAGAUUUUGGGUGUCACGAUGACGACAUACGAGCCACUUUCGAUGUUAGUGCACUUAAACAGAACAACAAGCCACAAACAAAAGAAAGUAUUUAUGAAGAAUUAAUACUAUUGGGUGCUGAUGAAAAUGAUACACAAGACGCACUAUACGGAUCUAAUUCAGAUGAAAUACAACGUAAGAAGAAGAAGAACGGGCAAAGCUUCGUGAUAAAUGAUAAUAAUCCAGAUAUGCAACAAGGCGGCAUGGAAAUAGCGCCAAUCACUAAAGAUUCAGCAAUAAAAAAUAAUUCUCCCAACUUUUUUAGGUCAUGUAAGCAUCGUGCAACAGGAAAUCCAUUCUUCAUUAAUGAAGAGAUAUUAAUCGGUUACGAUAGAAAACUCUCUUAA